AUGGUGACUGAAAUAGAAGCACAAACUUUUGAUUCCGACGAUAGUUUAGAAGAACUGCCAUGUACUAGCCAAUGGAUAAAUGACGAAUCAGAAUCAAAGUCAGAGGGCAAAAAGAAACUAUGCAAAAACGGGUUGGAUGAUUUCCGAUUCUAUUCCAACGCUCCGGAACGCAAUUAUGAAGAGUUUGGCAAUAAUUCACAGCUCAAUGACAAUCUUCUUAGGCUUAUUGUAAGUUUAUUUUAUUGAUUAUGAGUUUCUUAUCUUUUCUGUAGCCCUAUCUUUAAGCUGAAUCUUAGCCAUGAGCCUACCUUUACUUCAAACUUUAUAAAGUGGUAAGGCUUAGUGUUAGACUUAGUUCUUGCUCAAAUCUUAGUGAAAACUUUAGCUAUAGGUCUCAUUAUUACUAUACUGUACUACAUUUUACUUUCAGUUAUGUUCAAAACGUAUGUUUGACAUCUUCUGGAGCGCUUCUGACUUUGCUGCAACCAACAGCUCUUUUAGAUACGUUGCCGGGGACUUUAAUACUGCAUAUUAUACACACAACAUUACACUGUUGACUAAUUUAUUCUUGAUUUCAAAUUGGAAAAAGCAACGAGGGUUCUUGACACUUAUGAAGUUUGGAGAUAUUAACCAUAAAGCUGUUAAGCCUAUAAUCAAACUGUCAUACUUUUGCAAACGUGAGUCUUUAUUUUUGCUACUCUUAUUCUUCUCCUAUCCUUAUCUACACUUACCUUUACUUUAACUAUGCCAAAAUGAACUAUCUUACCUUAUAAACCAAAAAUUUUUAAUUUUAAAAAUAAAAAAUUUUUAAUUUUAGGCCAUGGCUUAGAUCUAACACUAAACAAUUACUUUUACACGAAAACAGUGCUGCAAGUACAAUACGAAUUAAGGCUUUAUACAGAUCGUCAUCUACGACAUUACUAUGGAGUUGAUUAUAAGCCACCCGAGGACCCAGAAGAAUAUUAUGAGCUGACUUUGGUCGAUAAAAGAGGAGAAGUAAUGGAAGAGGAAAGAAGACAAGGCAACCCUGAACUGGAAGAAUUCUUUACGUUUCAGAAGUUGGUCUUGGUCAAGGAUCCAUGUAAGUUUAUAACUUUUACUCUUGGAGCGGAAGGGGAUGGUUAAAAGUGAAAAAUUAUGAAUUCUGAAGGUAAUAACUAUACUUUUCAGAUCUGGCUGGAUUUUUUCAAAAAACUUUAAACGAAGCGUGUCUAAGUGGCUUCAAUUACCUUACAAUACACGAAUAUCUUCCGUAAGGAGACUUUUAUUAAAGAUAAUAUACUUUUUUUGUUUUUAUAUUUAAAAAAUUUGCACUUUAUUUAGUUUUUUAAUUUUUAGGUAUUAAAAUUUCAUUUUUUGACGAUAAAUGAUAUAUUUUAUAAGCAAAAAUAAUAACUUUAGGCUUCCUUCAAUGCCACAAUUGUCAUCUCUGCAAGCGGAUAUUCGAAACUACGACAUCUGCUCAAACUCUCUUCAGAUUCUGAAGGAAAUAACGUUAGAACUUCAUCGUGUAGCUCCGAUUUGCAAAGCCGAGCUCAGAUCUGAAAUUUGCAUAAAUUCUCGGACAUUUGACCAACUAUUACCUCACCUCGAGCCUAUCAUACGACGAGUUUUAUUGUUCAAAGACUUUUGUCGCGAACUUUGGGAUUAUCCACUCUACCUCGAGUGUCAUGUUGAUAUCAAUCUACCUCUAUCAGAAUAUGCCUCAAGCAGGAGUAAAUGGACUGAAUACAUGAGUAGCAUUACAGAGUACUACAAUUUGAAUUAUCAACCAAAUUGUUGGAAUUAUGGCAGUAAUUUUGUGGAUCCACCGCCGUUUGAAGGAAGAAACCGUAUUGAGAUUAAUGUAUGGUGCAGGUUCCAUGACCAUGUGCUACAGGUUUUGGGAGAAAAAGAGGUUGAGGUUUUGGAGUAG